UUUGAUGGGUCACUGCCAAAGUCCUGCUCCCCUAUGGGGACGCGGGCUGGUGCACGGCCAGGUGGAACUGGCCGGAGGGGCUGCCGACGUAACCCGAGGAGCCUGUGAGACACGCAGGACAGGAUGGUCACUGGACCGCAGUAAUUAAGUGUCACUGGUGACACAACUCAGUUCAAAGAGGGAGGCUCCAGGAGGGACUUCCUGUCUGGUGGGGACCAGUCCCAGGUGUCACCUGGCUCGGGGUGUUUUUGAGCGGCUUGGCCUCCCUUCUGGAGAGGAGGACAGAGGCUGAGGUCACAUCCUCACUGCCCUCCGGAAGCUGAGCAGAGUCCCCUUCCUGGCUUGCUGAGCGACGUGGCUGACAGGUGGUCCAAGACCUAGGGAGCCUCGCUCCGAGUCUUCUCUGGACCACGGCCGGUAAAGCGUCGGGAUGGACUGGGGCGCGCUGCAGACCAUCCUGGGCGGCGUGAACAAGCACUCCACCAGCAUCGGCAAGAUCUGGCUCACGGUGCUCUUCAUCUUCCGCGUCAUGAUCCUGGUGGUGGCGGCCAAGGAGGUGUGGGGCGACGAGCAGGAGGACUUCGUCUGCAACACCCUGCAGCCCGGCUGCAAGAACGUGUGCUACGACCACUACUUCCCCGUCUCGCACAUCCGGCUCUGGGCGCUGCAGCUCAUCUUCGUGUCCACGCCCGCCCUGCUGGUGGCCAUGCACGUGGCCUACUACAGACACGAGGCGGCCCGCAGGUUCCGGCGAGGGGAGACGAGGAGCGAGUUCAAGGACCUGGAAGACAUCAAGCGGCGGAAGGUCCGCAUCGAGGGCUCCCUGUGGUGGACCUACACCGGCAGCAUCUUCUUCCGCGUCCUCUUCGAGGCCGCCUUCAUGUACGUGUUCUACUUCCUGUACAACGGCUACCACCUGCCCUGGGUGCUCAAGUGCGGCAUCGCCCCCUGCCCCAACCUGGUGGACUGCUUCAUCUCCAGGCCCACCGAGAAGACCGUCUUCACCGUCUUCAUGGUCGCGGCGUCCGUGCUCUGCAUGCUGCUCAACGUGGCCGAGCUGUGCUACCUGCUGCUCAAGGUCUGCUGCCGGCGGGCGGGGCGCGCGCAGGCGCCGCGAGACCUCCCCGGCCCCGCCCUCAAGGAGAGGAGGCAGAACGAGGCCAACGAGCUCCUGUCGGAGGGCGGGCCCACCGCGCUCCCGGGGCUGCCGGGCUAGGCCGGGCCCCGGGGCCUCUCCCGGAGGCCCGCGCCGGCCGGCCGGGCGGCCGGGGCUGCGGGCGCAGGCUGAGACCUCGCCCUGGCCAGCGGCGUUCGUGACGCAGGGAAACUCGGGGGACACUCUGCAGAAUAACGGGGGCUCGCGGGUGCCACGGAAUCGACGGUGUGGGGCGGGCGCGUCCGGCAACCCGGGCUCGGCCUGGCGUCACCUGCCGGUGCACGCGGACCGUCGGACGGGGGGGCAUUUUCUGAAAGGUUAAGGAGGUCACUCCUGUGGGGAAAGAACAUUUAUCUAGAAACGGAUGCUUUAUUAGGCAAAGUAUUUUUAUAGGAUCGAAUGCUGUAGUUCUGACUUUGGACUUACAUAAACUGUUUUUAUAAUGACUGGGCUUCCUUACUUGGAAAAACAGUGUUAGUUUUAAGAGUGUGCCACAAUGAUCUCGUUUCGAACUUACUCUGUCUUGUGAGUAUGGUUUCCCAUUGUCUGUAGACAAGUCUCUGAGCUCCCGUGACACACUUGCGGUGGCACGUGUUCACGGGACAGCACGUUCCAGGCUUUCCGGGUGGGCACGGCGACUUGCAGUCGCGGUGAGCAGCUGCCGCGGGAUUGUGCUCCCUCAAUAAAGGCUAGCCUGUUGCUGAA